CUGUAAACUGGUCCAGAGGGGCUACUUGGGGUCAAGCUGUGGAGUUUUAUUUAUGGCUGCACGGUGGAUUUUCUGAUGGUCCUCAGCAGCUGCCCAGAACGUGUGUGAGCUCACGCGUGAGUGUGCGUGUUUUCCCAAUACUUCUCUUCACACAACUUUGUCCGUUGCUGACUGGCACUCAUUAAAUCACAAUGACUCUUCAGUGGACAGCUGUGGCUCUCUUCCUAUAUGCAGAGAUCGUGGUGAACCUCAUCUUGUGCAUACCCUUCAUAUCACCAAAAAGAUGGCGUUCGGUUUUCAACUGGAGAAUAUGGAGCUGGUUGUCUCCAUACUGGAACAAGUUUUUCUUUGCCAUGAUCAUGGCCCUCAUUAUUCUCUUCCUGGAUGCUGUCCGAGAGGUGCAGAAAUACUCGGGUCCUGAGCCCAUGCAGGACGCCAAAGCGAACCCCAACGUGUACGACCACGUCCACAUGAAGCUGUUCAGAUCCCAGAGAAACCUCUACAUAUGUGGCUUCUCGCUCUUUCUCUGGCUCAUCAUGCGUCGGGUCGUGACCUUGCUGAACCAGGCUGCUGUUGUCCUGGAAGACAGAGCAGGUCUUCAGGCGCAGGUGGAACACGCAGUCAAAGCAGCCAAGCAGCACAAGGAGGACAACCUCAUGCUCAAACAAGCUGUUCUAGACGGGGAAAAAUCUGUGUCAGCAACAAAACAGCAAAUGAAACUGGAGGCUGAGAAACUGGCAGGUCAACUGAAGGCUGCUGAGGACGCUUUGAGAAAGUCUCAGGCUGAGGUGGAAGCCAUGAGGAGGCAGGCCAAGGGUCUGGCACAGGAGUACGACAGAUUACUGAGUGAACACCAUCAGCUGCAGAACCUUCAGAGGACUGAAGACAAGAAGGACCAGUAACCACUGCGCUACAUUCAGAUUGCGUCGCUUCACUCCAUGGACGCGGUUGGACUGGCCUUUAAAGCAGUACAUCACAUUAGAAAUGUGUCCCGAUUCCUUCACACACAUUUCUUUCAAAUAUUCACAUGACUGUAAUCAGGCGUGGUGGUGAGCCUCAUAGCGAGAAGGUUGUUGGUUCAAAUCUGUGCUCGUUCUUCUGUGUGGAGUUUGCAUGUUGCCUUUCCUCUCAGUCGUCAAGAACAUGAACGUGUUUAAUUGAUCAGCCGACACUGCCCAUUGGUGUGAGUGCGUGUGGCUGUCUCUCUGUGGCGGACUGGUCACCUGUAGAGUGGACUCUGCCUUUCAGUUCGGUGGGAAGG